AUUGAUUUAAUUCAUUUGCGAAAGAAAUAUAGUCAAUCUUAGUGUAAAUUAAUGUACUUGCCAGAAGAAGACAUUAUUACACCUUCAUCUUCUUCUUCUUGGCAGACGAGGUGAUACCAAAAAGAAAAAAAGAAAAAAAAACAUACCACCAUAUAUAACUAAGCAUGGGCUCCUGUAGUAGACCCAUCUUUGCGGCGUUGUGUGUAUGGCUAGCGGUGGUUGCUACGGCGGAGGACCCUUACCACUUCUUCGAAUGGCACGUGAGCUACGGCACCAUCUCCCCUCUGGGCACCCCCCAGCAAGGCAUUCUGAUCAACAACAAAUUCCCCGGCCCCGAGAUCAACUGCACCUCCAACAACAACAUCAUAGUGAACGUGUUCAAUGAGCUCGACGAGCCUCUCCUCCUGACCUGGUCGGGCAUUCAGCACCGGAAGAAUUCAUGGCAGGACGGCACCGCCGGCACCAUGUGCCCCAUCUCCCCCGGCCACAACUACACCUACAAGUUCCAGGUCAAGGACCAGAUCGGCACCUACAUUUACUUCCCCACCACGGCCCUCCACCGUGCCGCGGGGGGUAUGGGCAUGAUCAAGGUCCACAGCCGCCCUCUCAUCCCCGUCCCCUUCGACAACCCCGCUCAAGAGCAUGCUAUCCUCCUCGGCGACUGGUACAACAAGGGCCACAAGACCCUCAAGCGCGCUCUUGAUGCCGGCCGCUCCAUCGGCAAGCCCGACGGCAUUCAGAUCAACGGCAAGUCCAGCAAGGUCGGCGAUGCUGCGGAGCCGCUGCUGACCAUGGAGGCAGGCAAGACUUACAGGCUGAGGGUAUGCAACGUGGGGAUGAGGCUGUCGGUGAAUUUCAGAAUCCAGGGGCACACCAUGAAACUGGUGGAGAUGGAGGGCUCACACACGGUUCAGAAUGUGUACGACUCCAUGGAUAUCCACGUCGGCCAAUGCAUGUCCCUCUUGAUCACCGCGCAACAAACCCCCAAGGACUACUACUUCGUCGCCUCCACCCGCUUCUUCAAGCAAGUCCUCACGUCCGUCGCCACCAUCCGCUACGCCUCCGGCAAUGGCCCCGCCUCCUCCACCCUCCCGCCGCCUCCUCCCGAGAACCACGGCGUUGCCUGGUCGAUGAACCAGUUCCGCUCCUUCAGGUGGAAUCUCACCGCCAGCGCCGCCCGCCCCAACCCGCAAGGCUCCUACCACUACGGCCAGAUCAACAUCACCCGCACCAUCAAGUUGGCUAGCUCCCGCCAAGUGGUGGACGGGAAGCUCCGCUUCGCCAUCAACGGGGUCUCCCAUGUGGACCCGGAAACUCCGGUGAAGUUGGCCGAGUACUACGGGAUGGCCGACAAAGUCUUCAAAUACGAUCUGGUCAAGGACGAGCCGCCGAAAGAGACCAACGCCAAGGUGGUGGUGGCGCCGAGCGUGAAGAACGCAACGUUCAGGAACUUCGUGGAGAUCAUCUUCGAGAACCAGGAGAAGAUGGUCCAAACAUGGCACCUGGACGGCUACUCGUUCUUCGCGGUGGCCAUCGAGCCGGGGAGGUGGAGCCCCGACAAGAGGAAGAGCUACAAUCUGCAAGAUGCAAUCAGCAGGCACACAGUGCAAGUAUACCCCAACUCGUGGGCGGCGGUGAUGACGACGCUGGACAACGCCGGAAUGUGGAACCUCAGAUCGGAGAUGAGGGAGAGGGCGUAUUUGGGGCAGCAGCUCUACUUGAGCGUCGUCUCACCGGAGCACUCCUUGAGAGAUGAAUAUAAUCUCCCUCCAACGCAGCUACUAUGUGGUAUCGUCAAGGGCAAGCCCAACCUCGCUCUCUACAGCUGAUGCUCAUCAUCAACCAACUACCUUUAUUCCAUUUUUUCCAACUAAACCACAUAUAGCUUAAUUAAUUUGUUUCUUAUCAUUUAUUAUGUAAACUACUUAGGUAGGAUUUUUAAUAUAUAAUGCCAUUUCUACUUCUUGUA